AUGUUGUCUGUUCGGUUUCAAAAGGUUGUGAAAAUUGUAAACCGAUUAUCGUCCACCGCUGCUAUUCAAUCUAACUUACCGGAGAACCCAGAGAACGAGUUCUCAGAAGAGUCUAUGGAGCAUUCAAUUCCCCGUAUUUCUAUCGCUUAUAAUGAUGUAUCACCUGUCCAUAUCCCCGAUGAGUCAUUAUCUCCUUCUGUACGGUCUCAUCAUUUACGACGAAAAAUGGUUGAGUGGCUUUCGAGCCCGGAAGUGAAAAAAGCGUAUCACAACAAGAGCACAAACAUUGGGUUCUCGCGUAAUUCAAGUGCACCAUUUCCCUUAAACCCUCUCUUUCAUCCCGCAAAACCGCUCUCUCAUCUGCUUCGACAGAAAAUUUAUGAAAAGUAUUCAAAGGGUGAUAGCUUGGAGAAGCUAGCAAAAGAAUAUAAAACCUGUCCUCAACGUGUUGAGGCAAUUGUGAAAUUAGCUCGUAUCAAUGAGUCUUGGGGAAACAACGGUACUCCGGUUCUCGAAAGCUACUCUCGAGUAAUGGAGAAAAUGCUUAAUGCUUGCCAGAAACGAGAGGAAAUUCAAUUCAAUGACGAUAAUGACAUUGCCGUAAAAACAACGAUGGUCCAGAGAUGGAAAGUACUACCAGAAAAUGAACCAUACACGACAAAAGACGCUGCUAAGGAGCUUGGAUGGCCUCCCUUAAGUGAAUUAUUGGCUUCUGCAGAGGCCGCUGUUAGCACAAAAGCCUCUUGUAAUGAUGCCACUUACGAACCCACGAAACUUGUUGAAAAGUCACCAUUUAUGAAGAGUCACCGCAUCUACCGUAUGCGUGAUAUCUCUUCCGGAGAUGUCUGGAAGCGUGACAUCGACGGUAGCUUGUAUGUGCGGAGGAAGAAGAAGGUAUUCUGA